AUGGCAUCAUCCAUGACCAUGACCGCCUCCUUCUUAGGUGGCGCCGCCGCCGCAAAACCGGUCACUGCCACCAACCGCCGCUGCCCAUUAGCCGUUAAGGCCUCGAUGGACUCCGAGAAGGCGGUGGUGGCCGAGAGCAGCAACACGAGACGGGGCCUCGUGUUGGCUGUGGUGGCCGCUGCAGCAUCCUCCAUCGUGACAGUCGCGAUGGCCGAGGAGCCGAAACGCGGAAGCGCGGAGGCUAAAAAGAAGUACGCGCCAAUUUGUGUCACAAUGCCUACGGCUCGUAUUUGUCGCAAUUGA